AUGAAUGAUCCUAGAAGAAGACCCCGUGAUGGUACAGGGGGAGUGUGGUACAAGCAGAACUGCACCCAGAAGGCGGCCUUCAUUCCAAUUCUGACUUCAAUUGCAAUCCUGCUCGCCAUUGGCUGUUUCCGCGCAUUUUUCUUCGGGUUGGAGAAAAUAAGCGAGCGUGUUGCAGUGUGUCAAGCAACGUGGAACAGCAUCGUGGUGGAGUACACUGUUGCUCUCGCAGGGUUCCCCAGUGUGCUUCUCAUGACAAUUCUCACCGGGUUUCUGGUAGUUAUGUUGCGCAGGCGGAAUAAAAGCGCCAGCAGUCGCGCUCCGGUCGAAAAAUCAUCCGCGCAGAAAACAGACAAUGCGGUCACCCUAGCUCUGAUAGUGAACAGUGUUCUCUACACUUUUUUCAACGGGCUCCAGCUGUCACUCUUCAUAGUCGACAGGGAGCUGAUGGGUGGAGAAGUAUGGUUCAUUCGUGCGGCUCAAGUUUUAUCAGCAAUUGGAGCGGCUGUCAGAGCACUGAGCUACUUGGCCAUACCUGCUAUGAGAACUGCACUCAGAAAAGCGAUUAGGAAUAUCUGCGACAAGUAA